UGUCCCGCGAAACGCGUGUCUCCUCCCCCUGUUGUUGUACCGUUGGAGAGAAAAAGAAAGCGCGAAUCACCAAGCAAACUACACUGUCUGUGGUAGAGUCGCUGUCGCUCUCACUGUAGCCUACAGUCAGUCACCCUGUGCAGCUGUCUGUAUGACUGUAUGCUAUUCCGUUGCGUGACGAUAAAGACGUUACCAACUGAAUCCGCAUUUGCUAAAGUGCUGUUUUAAAAUCGAUACAAUACGAAACCGAGACCGUCGUAGUGACGAAUCUUUGGAGAUACCGGUUGUAAGGCGCUCUGACUGACCAAAACCGUAGACUGGGUGAAUCCUGAGGAGCAUGAUUAGCUGGUUCAGGUCCUUUUUCGGAACCAAUCAGAAUCUACAAAACCAAAUCUGCACGAAGGACCCUCAAGCGACUGGCUGCCAAAUCCAUGAACAGGAAAUUACGAGACCUCACAGAAGCCUGGUGAAAAUGGAAGUAGCUGUACCAGAGGAACCUCAGAAGAAAAUCUUUCGUGCACGCAAAACGAUGAAGAUGAGCGAUCGGCAACAGCUGGAAGCACUGCACAACACCUUGGCAGCCGCCACCUCCAGCUCCGCCUCUUGCUCAUCUUCCUCCUCACCUCCUCAGACACCACUGGUCAACGGUGCCCACACCGAAAAGGAGAAGGAGAAAGUCAAGGAGAAAGAUCCGAAUCUUAAAGAACCCGACUUGACGUCACCUGCCCCUGAUUCAGCUCACUGUCCCACUUCUCCAUCUUUCACCCUCUCUCGAUCCCCUUCUCCACCCAACACACAAACUACCUCACCUCCUAUGGAUCUUGAUGACCCCCUUGUGGCCGCAGAUGAGAAAAAAGAGACAAGCAAUAAAAGUUCCUCCUCUUCUCUUUCUGCUUCUCCUUCUGGGUUGCACUGUGAUCCAGAGGUUAAAGAAGGAUUUCUGUGCUUGAGCGAGGAGGAUGAAAUCCAAGCAGACAAAGAUGAAAAGAAAGACAGUAGUGGGGAGAAGAUGAAUGCAGAUGAUGAGAAAGAGGACCAAAAAGAUGAAAAGGGCACUUCUGAGAAUGCAGGAGCAGACAACAGUGCCUCUGCUGGUACAAAGAGAUCGUUGUCUGAAGAGAACGAGGAAGAUGACGAAGAAAUCAAGGAUGAGAGAGAAGGAAAACGAGCAAGACUGGACGGAGAAGAGCUGGAGGCUCAGAUAGAGCUGAAAAUCACAGCCAAUGCUGGGAGCCGGCAUAAACUGGAGAAGAUGGUACAGCAGUUAGUCGAGGAACGGUUACGGGUGCUACAGUUGACUGUGUUCGACCGAAGCAUAAUAGAGCUGAAAGAGAGAGUGGAGAAGAUUGACAACGCAACCAAACAGCAGAAUACAAUGCAGCAUAUUAACACACUACAGGCUAAGAUUUCCAGGCUGGCCAAAAAGUUUGGUGCUGCUAAUCAGGCCUCGGAGAACUCGAAGAGAACUCAAGAGGCUCAUGCUGCCGCCGCUGCUGCUCAGGCCAACAACGCAUCCAACAUGACUACACCGCAACGGACUGUUAAAACCACAAUGGAUCCCAAACUGUCCAGUCCAGCCACUGGAUCUAAUUCAACUGCAGUCCCAGCCCAGCCCAAACCUCUGUCCACACCGACUACGCCAACCUCCUCUGCGCUAGCUUCUCCUGCACCCAUUCUACAGAUCAUUUCCACAACAACCAGCUCCACUCCCUCAUCCACCUCUUUGCCUGGCCAGUCUCAGACAGGCACCCUACUACUAAAGACUGGACCCAGUACAGGGGUCAUGACUAACACCCCAGCAACAUCGGGGGGUCAGUCAGUGUCUAUACAGCCUCUGUUGAUUCAGCUGCCUUUAGCGAUGGCAAAUGGGCAAAGCGGGGCAUUGGUUAAUACUGCCAAUGGUGUCGGUUUAAUACCAGUGUCGUCAUUGUCUACGGUUAGUAGCAGCAAUAAGGCAAAGAUGACCACACCUGCUACCACCUUCAUCCUCCAAAAACCAGUGGGCAGUGUUGUUUCAUCUUCCUCGACCUCGUCAGCUCCGGUGGUGUCCUUAGCGAGAGCUGUGUAUCCGGGUGGCACAGGGACUGUCAGUUCACCCAGCACAGGGAUAUCUGUGACUACAGCCCGAACGCCUACACAGUGUGCUGCUGUUGUGGGAGUGAGUACAGCGGCUUCUUCUCCAGGAACCACAGGACCUGCGGCGACAGGAUCAGCGGCAGCUGCAGCUGGUCCACCAUCGGCUUCCGCGCUGGCCUCAAAGACAGAUAAUCAGGCCUCAACACCGAAAACACCCUCUCAGACCGGGCGGCCCAAAGGUUCUGUGAUCGAUCUGACAGAAGAUGAUGAUGAUGUUCAAGUGACAGGCGUCCAGAAGGCCACUGUUCCUCCCAUCACUACCCAGCGUGCAUCUGGGCCUCCUCCUUUAGUCAGCUCUACCACUAAUGCUGGAGCUCGAUCAGCACAACGUUCCUCUGUGGAUUCUCCAUCUCUAUCCCGUCCAAGCUCCUCUUCCUCCACCACUCUUCCUCCAUUACCACUGGCACCAUCACCACCGGCACGUCUCCCCCCCGAGGCUGCCCACACAUCCCCUCCACAGCAGCCCCAGCUCAAACUGGCCCGCGUCCAGAGCCAAAACGGGAUCGUCCUGUCCUGGUGUGUGGCAGAAACUGACCGCAACUGCGCGGCUGUAGAUACCUAUCACCUGUAUGCCUAUCACCAGGACCACCAGGGGGCAGCAUCGGGGGCUUCGGCUCAGUCACUGUGGAAGAAGAUCGGGGAGGUCAAGGCUCUGCCGCUGCCCAUGGCAUGCACCUUGACCCAGUUUGUGUCCGGGUCCACAUAUUAUUUUGCCGUCAGGGCCAAGGAUGUGUAUGGCCGCUUCGGUCCUUUCUGUGAACCGCAGUGCACUGACGUCAUUAACUCAGCAUCCUCUACGUCAUCCUAAAAUAAUUCCAGAUGAGAGUGGGGUGGUUCAAAAGGAUCUAGCCGACGGAAGUAUGAUGGCAGAUUUGUAAUUGUUACAGAAUUGUUAACUAUGCGCAGACCACUGGUUUAGUCUUGCCUUUGUGUUAGGAAUUGUAGGGAAUUUAAAUAGGUUGUCGAAUGCAAAUGGAAAUACAAAUAAUCAUCAGUGCAUACAGACACGCAUACACUAUUUGUUUCAAAUUGUUUUUUUGUUGUUUUACAAUAAGGAGGGAACUAUCAGACUUAAAUUGUGCUUGAAAUUGUAUUUUCCUUGUGCAGAAUGUUCAGAGUUAAGUAUUGUUUUUGAAUUUCUUUCUCUCGCUUUUUUAUUUUUUAUUUUUUUUAAUAAAAUGAUAUUCAAUACAUUGCACCGAUUUAUCCAUUAUAGAUCUCGGUCAUUAGCUACAGGACAGGAAAGCUGGGGUGUUAAAGGUUUUGUAAUGUUUUUUGUCUGGUACCCAGACACUGCAAAAUGACACUCAAUAAAAGUAUUGAUAUAUUUAAAAA